GCGCCAAUGAGCACAUUUUCCAACCGGAACUUGUAUCCACGUGCUGGCACCGGGGCGGAAGAGCAUUUGUUUUGAUCCCGGCGUGUCGUUUCGUCCGCGUGCAACUACAAUUCUCCCGUUAUGAGCGCAGUAAUUCUUCCAACAGCACACAUAAUGUCAUCCGCGGAGAACAAAGUCGAAAAUAGCAGCACCGAAGAAGAGGAGAGAGGGAAGAAAAGAAAGAUGUCUCUUUCCAGUUGUGGUGUUUGCGGAUCAGAGGAGGCCAAGUACAGGUGUCCAGCCUGCCUUACUCAUUCCUGCAGCUUGCCGUGUGUGAAGAAGCACAAGGAAGUUUCAGGGUGCAGUGGCGUUAGAAAUAAAACAGCAUUUGUGACACUGUCACAAUUUGAUGAAAUGGCGCUUCUCAGUGAUUACAGGUUUCUGGAGGAUACUGGCCGAUUUGCUGAUGGUGCCACCAGAGACAACCUCGUCCAGGCUCCUCGUGUCACUGUCAAAUCUAAGAAACUGGCCUCUAAUGCCAGGAAGAUGAACAUCACCCUGAGAUUCCUCCCCAUCACCUUCUCUAAGAGCAGAGAAAACUCCACCUUCUUCCUUACAAAAGAAAAACUGUUUCUGUGGCACCUGAAGCUCAUAUUUCCUCAGAGCAGUUCAGAGUUCACUCAGAGGAGGGUGUCUGACAAACAAACCUUGAAGCAGAUCUUGACUUCUUAUAUUCACCCUACAGAGUCGGACCCUGUCACACGUCAGAAGUUGAAGAUGUAUGUGCAAGCUCGGUUUGAUCAUGUCAAAGUCUUCAUGAAAGUGGAGGGAAGAAAGGCUAACUCUGUCAGGUAUCAUGAGUUGGACAUUGAGAAGAGCCUGAGGGAUAACCUGAGCUACAAAACACUGAUUGAAUAUCCUGUGCUGCAUGUUGUACUCAAAGAUCACUGGAAGGACUAUCCACUGAAAGGACCAGCUGAACCUGCAUCAGCUUGUGCUCCUUUUGCAGCAAAGAAUGACAAGGUGGGCCAAGAAAAGGAAACUGCGACCCAAGUUUCGCCAUCGCCACAAAGAUCUCCCACAACAGGAGAAACCAACAUCAGCAGAACUGCCCAAGAGAUGGAACCCCCACCACAGAAAAAGGCAAAGAGAGGAGAUGAGGAGCAAGAGGAGGGAGAGAUCACAGACAGUAGUGAUGAAGACGAUAAAAAUAUCCCAUGUGAUUAAAGCUGCGACAAUACCAAAGAUCCCAAUAAUGACACAAAAGUGACUAAAGAUGAAGUGCAGUAGAAGUCGGUGGUGGACAGUGUUGUUAUUAAUGAACACAGUGACAGCAGCAGGGAUCAGUGAAUGAUGAGGGGAUUACUGAAAAAAGAGAGCGGAGGUCAGCAUGACUAAGGAAGGGGCUCUUAAAGAGCCGAUGGCUAGUCUCAUAUCCCUGCCUGUGGAGAUGAAAAUGAGUCAGCUAAUGCUGCUGACAGCCGGGGGAUUGGAAUGACAGUAUCCAGAUACUGAGGCUGUGACGCUGCACACGUCACAGGAAGUCAUCAAUCUUCUGUCAGUUUACUUUAGUCCUUUUUCAGUAUUUGUAUAUAGGUCAUUUUCAGUAGCGAGAAUAACUGUUAAUGAAAUGUAUUAUUAUUUGCACUUAGAAUCAUUUCAGUUUUUAUUUUUAUACUGACUGAUUUCAUAAGUGAAUCACUGAUAAUAUUUAGGGUUUUGAUAUUACUUUAAUUUCAAAGCUAU